UGUUUGGCCACAAUCCCUGUAAGCGUGGAUGACUGUUUCCUCAAAAUUUGUAAACUGACAUAAUAUGGCAGAACAACACAUGAUUUAAACUCCAUAGUAGGUGUAUUUUUCAUAAAAUCAACAAUUACAUUAUUCAUUGUUAGUGGUCAUAUAAGUUUUUAACACAAAAUCGGUUGACACAACAUCCACUGAGCCACUUCUAAGGAGGUAUGUAGAAAUGGAGUAAAAAAUUGAAUUGCAAUUCACUGCAAUAACCUCUUCCACCAGUCAAUGUUGUAGAAUGGUUUAAAACAAUUAAAGCAAUAUGCUACUCGAGAGGAACAGUCGAAAGUUAGGAAUUUUAUUGGUUUGCUAUUUCAGAAUAUUACCAUUUCAAUGGUAAUGUGUGAACAAUUUUCUUGCUGGUUUUUUAUAUACCUGGGGGAUUUUUUUUGCAAGAACAUGUCUGUUGCAACUUGGCAAAAGAAAGUUUGAUAAUCAUUAUUAAACUCCUUGCUCUGAGUAAUUAAUCAGCCUGGCUUUUCAACUCAGAGACCAGUGGCAAACUGUUUGUCCAUGGCAUCUCUCAUGCUCACUUACAGUGUAAGAUAUAAACACUCUUUUUUAAAAAUUCUUAUAUAGCCACCAGUCAGAAGCAAAGUGAAAAAAGGUCUUAUGACAAGUUUAUCACGAGCUGUGGAUGAUUUCAGGCAUCAUAGUCACAAAAUUUCAGAAGGAAAGAGAUUUUGUGGAAGAGUACACACCACUUAAUUACCAAGGAGACAUAUGGGAACUUCACCAAAAUGGUGUUGCAUUAGCAGUGAAUGAUUUUAGUUCUGGCAUCAUGUCAGCAUCUGCUGGUGAUGAUAAUAGUACCAAGGAAUUGAAAGGCUUCAAAAAGCCAAAGAUGAUACAGAGGAAGUAUACAAUUCAAUUUCAGAAGCUGCAAAAAAGCACUAGCUCACUCCAGGUGUUCAGUUAGUAAAACAGAGCAAAGACUGGAGCAGAAAAGUGAAACAGCAAGAGAGGCUUGGGUUGGGUUGGAUUUAUUGAGUGAUUCAACCCAAGCCUCUCUCACUUUUUCACUUCUCUGCUACUAUAGCACUGUUUACUAUCACACUUUGUUUUACCAACUGAAUGCCUGGAACAGGUUAUUCAGGCAAUAAUCAUAACCAUUACAAUUUUUCCAAAUGUGAUUGGUGCAUUAGCUGCUUCAUUUUUCACUCAUCAUUCUGUACAGCUGUAAUUGGACAAUAUAAUUGGACAGUUGGCUGUAAUCAGACACCUGUGAUCGGACUGUUGAAGCAACCAGUCAUAUGAAGUCCACUCAGCCAAAUCCACCAAUCACAGAGUUAAUCACAAUAAUGACAGCAACAACCACUUGUCUUUAAAAAAAAUGAAGAAUUUCCAAGAUGGAGACAUAUUUUUUACUUUAGACUUUGUCUCUUCCAGAGACAUUUGACCUAUAUGUAUUUGUUGUUUUCAGAAAUUGUAACAUUUAAUAUUAAUUGGUAACAAGACUUCUUGUUGUCCAAUUCUUUCUGUAAUCAUACCUGGGAUUGACAAAUUGGUCUCCUGCUUCGUGGUCGUCAAAUUUUGUUAAUCACGUGUAUGAUAACAACAAACCUAAUUAGACUCCACUCAGUUCUAUUACCAUUGUAAAUUGGCUGGAAAUGGUGGCAAAAAUCUAGCAAUGACUUGAAAUUUAAUCAACAAAUAUUUGAUGACAGAAAUAAAUUUUUCAAAUUUGUGAAGGUUACCAGCCUUGAAUCAAGGCUCCAGAACAUUCAAUAAACACUUAACAUGGUGAAUUUUCAACUUUAUGUUUUUUUCAUACAGAUCACCAUUAUACUAAA